AUGGCUAGAAAGCCCUACUUAUGUCCUACUAUCAAUCCACCGUAUCAAGGCAACGUGAGCUUGGUUAACGGCACGUUCAAUGGUUCUGAAGCGUCGUUUACAUGUGCUAAAGGUUACGUCAUAAAUGGAUCAGACGUCAUAACGUGUAAAAACAAAACAUGGAGUGCACCAGUUCCCGUCUGUCUUCUUUUGGAUUGCGAGGUACCACCUGUGCCUCCAAAUGGAUCAGUUCGCCUGAUUUCUGGAACGACAACCUACGGAAGCGUAGCUGUUCUUGCGUGCGACACUGGGUAUGAACCCAGCCUCCCAGAAUACAGCUACUGUGACGUUGACGGAUGGACCAACAGUACCUUUGAAUGUCAAAUAAAAAGUUGUCCUUCCGGAGAUUGGCUGAAAAUUCCUAACGGUAUUCUUACGCCAACCGUCAGUAACAUCACUGAUUACGGGUCUACGGCGUUAGUGACGUGCAACGUUGGGUACGUUGUGUCUGGUGAUAACGUCACCGUAUGUGACGCUGAUUCAAGAUGGCGUGACCACGGGUCGUGUGUUGAAAAAGAUUGUGGACAACCAGUCGUUAAUGCUUACAUAAACCUCACGUACGUCAAAACGACAUUUCGUAGCAUUGCGAUUGCUCGGUGUCAAACCGGAUAUGACGUAGAUGGAUCUACAGAUAUAAUUGAAUGUGGACAUGACGGCUUUUGGAGGCCAGACAUCAGAUGUGUUAAAAAAGCAUACCACAUACCAGAGUGCCCGGCUGUUGAUCCGCCUAUCAAUGGCAAUAUAAGCUUCAGUAACGGUCCAUUCAACGGCUCAGUGGGGACACUCGCAUGCAAGGAAGGGUACAAAAUAAGUGGCAAGCAAACCAUAACAUGUAGUAAUGGCACAUGGAGCGGACAGAGACCAGUUUGUGAACUAAUCGAUUGCGGAUCGCCUGUUCCUACUGCAAAAUCAACUGUGACGUAUGGUGAGACUAAAGUCGGUAGCAAGGCGGUUGUGGAUUGUACAACCGGAUAUGAGAUAAAUGGCGCCACUGAUACGAUGAUGUGUAGACAGAACGGAACUUGGGGUCCGGAAAUCACGUGCUUUAAAACAGGAUGUACCGACCUUCCAGCUAUAAACAACGGCAAAUACACUUUCUACGCCGACAAAAUCCGAAACAAAACAACGGUCACGUUGGCAUGCAACAAUGGGUACACGUUGUCCGGGGUCGACUCGUCUGUUUGCGAUGGGUCCUGGAGUCAAAUCGGGUUAUGUGAAAAAAUAAGAUGUCCUCCUAAAGAUUCCAUGACAAUUCCUAACGGGGCAAUCACACUUAACGCGAAAGACGUCACCGACUACGGAUCCACGGCUUUGGUAGCGUGUAGCGUCGGGUACGUCUUAAUGGGAGAAUCCAUCACCACAUGUCAAGCGGAUAAAACGUGGAGUGCACAUGGAUCGUGUGAACAAUGCACAAAUCCAAUGGAACGUACUGGCGAUUAUCCACAGGCAUAUACCAUUUCCGGCGCUAGUGUAGGAGCACUUAUCGUCGGAAUUAUCGUUGGCGUCGGUUCGACGGUUGUCUACAUGAGACGAAAAUCUCCUGUACCCAAAUCCGGUCCUAACAAACCGACGACUGCUUCUAGAAAUCUGUCUUCUGCUCAGCGUGAAGAUGAGUGUGACCAGACCCAAAUGACAGAUCGAAAUAAACCAAAUAACGAAAAACAACAGAAAAGCAGGGCAAAUGACGAUACUCGUGUAGUUGUCAACUCUAUAUAUGAUUCUGCAGGUGGAAACCCACAACAAAGGUAUAACAAACUUUAUUUAAAAAAAGCUCGACUCUGGAAAAAAACACAUUGCAACAUAAUUUAUUUAACUUUCUUUAAUGUUGUAUCGAGGACAUGUGUUGUUUUUUGUUAAUUUCCGAUUUUGAUUUUCUAGUUGUUAUAGAAUCAGUUUUCUUACCAAUAAGGGAGUCUCGGGUUUAAAUGUAUCGUCCAUAUGCUGCAAUUAAUUUAUAUUUCUUGAAAAUAUCAUUUUUAAUAAAUUGUAUUAUAUUCACCCUAAGCUUAAUAUGUUCUUGUUUAUACUUUAAGACCGCUUACCAAUGUAAUCGCCUGCAAAAAAGCCUUUAAGUAACACGUAUGAGUUAUAAAAAACAUCAACAAAUAUUAGAAAAUUUCACAAAGGUGACGUUUGUAACAAAUAAUUCCAAGUAGAACAGCAGGUACAAUUAUUCCAAUUUGCCGCUUUGUCCGUCCGUUCGUUCGACCCGUUUGUUUUUCUCAGUAACAACUGGUGAGGAUUCAAUGAAGCUUGUGUGAAACAUAAUAUUAAUAGGAGGCUUCAUGUACUUGAGGAUUCGCGCACUAAUCCAGGACUUUUCACCGAAAUCAUUUUGUUUUCAGAGUUAUCGGGCGUUUAAGAUAUCUAAAUACGCGAUAAGCUUUACAAUUUCAUAUCUCAAUAAACUGUUGCCAGAAUUCAUUGAAACGCAAUCUUCGAAAAAAAGUGUUAAAAAGGUGUACAACUUCUAAGUUUAGAACAAAUUGUAAUAAAUAGUUGGUAUACACACUAUGAUAUAAGUUUGCUCUUUGUUCAUCUGUCAUACCCCCCCCCCUUAUCCCCAGUUCAUCAGCUUAAGAGAAAAUAGUCAAAAACGUAUAUGAGAUGUGAUGUGAUAUAAGUGUUAGUUCACCCGGUCUGUUGACAGUAAAAUAAUCCAACAUCUCAUUGGCGUCGCACUCAAUAGCGACGACUCGUAUGUAAUGCGUUUUUUUUUCUCGCUUAUGGGAGGAGAAGUUAUUUUACGGAUCAAUGUAUAUAUUUUGUUGUCAGAAUAUCUUGCAUAGUGGUGAUUUUUUGUGAAAAUUAGUUUAAAUAAGUACUGCAUUUGUGCCUAUUACAUUUACUACAACAUUAUUUGCCAAUAAUGCAAAGCUAAUUCUUUUAAUUAAUAACUGAUCACAGGGACUGGCCAAUAAUAAAAGAUCACAGGGACUGGGCAAUACGCGAACCGGUGAAACUUUAUGGUGUUGUAUACAAACAAAACAUAAUCAAAAUAUAUUUAUUUUAUGGUUUUUCUUACAAUAGCGCAGACUUUUGCUGUUCGAGUUUUGGUUAACGCGUAUUUUCUUCAAUUUUACAAUACCGGCUAUUACACGGUUUACUGCUUUAUUGAUAACCGUAACACUACAGUCACUUACUAAUAUCUUAGUUAGAAGGUGAUUUUUCCAGCGGUUCCGUAGUGUAGUGGUCAAAAGCUCGCUUCACAAGUGAGAGGCCCAAGGUUCGAGCCCCAGUAGAAUGAAAUUAUUUAAUUUGUGUUCUAUUUUAACUUUUUGUUUUGAUGUAGACAUGUUAGUUUAGUUUAAAUAAAUACGCUGUUUUAUUGUAACCAUUUUUUAAUUUUAGUCUGCCCAUGGAAUAUAUGUGUGAGGGGAUGGGCUCCUAAACACAUUAAAACUUGAACAAUGUUUUCAUAUCAAUGAGUACUCAACCCCUAUCGUAAAUGAGCAACGUAAGAAUAAGUUCAGAAUCAUCUCCCUUGAAGUUGAGAAAAUAUGAAAUUACCUUUACAAGAUGAAGCAGAUUUUUUAAAACCUACACAGUUCUGUUCCAUUAAUGAAAACUGCACACGGAAGCCACUUAAAAAUGAAACCAAUUAAAUAAAAUGGAAUAUGAAAUAUUUGGGGGUCACAACACAAAAUCGUAGAUAAUGGUUAUUUGGGGGUUAUAACACAACAUCAUAGAUAAUGGUUAUUUAGGGGUUAUAACACAAAAUCAUAGAUAAUGGUUCUACCAGUAUAUUUUUCUAUUUUGUUUAAAAUAAUCGGCCAAUAUAUUAAAAUUUACAGUAGAAAAAAAACGUUCCAUGUAACUUCAUUGAGUGCCUUUUACUCAAAUUUCCGACGCCCUUUGAUGCUUUGCAUCAAUAAUUAUCUUGUUUGUUAUUGCAUUAGGUAAAACUUCUUACAAAGACAGCGAAAAUGAACACUGACUACUUUAAAUCAUGUAAUAAGUGUGACGCAGUUGCACGAAUGAAAUAUUAUAUUAAUGCAAAAGUGUAUCAUAUGUCAUCUCAAACAUUAAUACGUCAGACCAAUCAAUCUAGAAAACAAAUAAGUAAUGGGUCAAUCCCCAUAUCAUAAGUUAGUAUUAGAAGCUCCAUUAUUUAUUUCAUAACCUCUAUUGCAUACCACAUGCAACUCGUGUUUAGCUCAUUAUAUUGUUGACCGGCGUGAACUCUGUGAAUGCAUUAAGCCCAAGUCUUACUAUCGCCGGUAGAGCCCCGUUCCAUCCCGUUUUGCUAACGCCGGUCGACCGGCGAGAAACGGGAUGAUUCCAAGAAUUUUUUUAACGCGGUCCCGGUGCCGCCCUGGUUGAAGCCGGUCAACAGCCCGGCAGAUGCCCGGUCAACCCUGGACUAGCUACGGUUUAUCCCGGUUUAGCCCAACCAGAGCCCAGGUUGUCGCCGGUAAUGCCCCGAUGGAGCCCCGGUGAAAGCCGGCAGCGUCCCGG